AGUGUUGGUGGUGGUGUCGGGGUGGGUGGGAGUGGUUGGAGGGCUGGGGUGGGGGCUACCGGGACGCGUUCCAAGUAAUUGUUGGGAAGUGGCGAGCAAAAGUGAAAGGUGUCUGGGCGCUGGCGCCGCCGAGCGUCGAAGAAAACUAUCAAUUAAAACCGGCUGCUGGGCCGUGAAAUGAUUGCAAUAGAGGCUAUAAAGGCUUACAAUCAUGCCUUCGCCGGCCCAUUGUUGGCCACCCCCAUCGACAGAAGAGGAACGCGGCGCUCUGUCUGCGAUCGCCUCCCUUUUCACCUCAGUGCUGCCCCUUGUCGCCAAGGACGCACCCCGGGGGUGCGUUGAAUGGGUAGGGGGUAUACUGUCCCAUCCCCCUAAAAACCACUAUCUCCCCCAUCCCCUGCCUAAAAAAAAAACUACCACUUUGUACCAGGACUCAUGAUCUCGAAUUCGGUGGCUGCGAUCGAGCAAAAUGUCGCUAACAUGGCUUGACACCGAUCUUCGGCCCAGAAGUUCUGGAGAGUUCGCUGCCACAACGUGGUUGAAGACGUUGUUCACGGGCUACUGACAUCAAACAGCACAAGAAACCAGUGACGUCCACACAGACGCCAGUGACGUCCAUACAGAAACCAGGGCUACCCACACAGAACCAGGGACGUCCAGGAUGCCGGAUGCGCCAGCUCCGAGUCCGGUUACGGAGGAUGCCGCUGCUUGCAGUCCGAAGGAGUGUGAUACCUUUGACCUCCCUCCUUCACGUUUUGUUGGUGUGGGUGCUGUGCACUUCCGGCAUAACGCGCGCCUCGCACGUGUACCUCAACCUGCUGGAGGACGGUGAGAAGGGGUGACCGAACAACACAAGAUGGCGCCCGCCCUGGACGGCGCUCGACCGUCUCCCUCAGACAAGCUUCCCAUCGAAGACCUGCUGGAGAACCCUGACCACGCCUUUGACCCCAGCCCUAAGGAUAUCAACCAGCGAGCACUGCUGCGGCGCCUGGGCAAGCAGCUGGACCGGGACUUCCUGUCCAUCGAGGAACCCAACGACGCCAACGACAGUUUCGUGUACGACAUGAAGGGUGGGAGGCCCAACGGGCCCCGGCCGGACUUCCUCAAGUACCUGCGGUCCUUCCCGCGGGCGGACGGUGGGCAGGUGAGCUUGCAGGCUGGGAGACGGCAGCGGCGGCGGCUGCAGAAGCUGGUGUGGGCCUUCACCUACUGCCCCGUGCAGUAUGCCUGGAAGGACCUUGGCGUACGCUUCUGGCCGCGCUGGUUGCGGGAGGGCGUGUGCUGGAACGGCAAGCCCUGCUCGAUGCCCCCCGGCAUGACCUGCAAGCCCGCCAGCUCUGUCACCAAGACCCUGUUGCGCUGGCAUUGUACCCGCUCUCGCCCUGCGGCCCGCCGCCGUCCCGACUGCCGCUGGAUCCCCGUGCAGUACCCGGUCAUCACCCAGUGCAGCUGUAAGUGCUGACGCGGGAGGAGAAACCGGUGGCUAGUUGGACCUCAUUCGGACUUGACAGUGUUGCAGUCGCCCACUCUUCUCUCUCUGACUGGGCACACGGUGGAGGUGACAUAGACCAGUGCAUUACAGUGUAGACCAGUGUAGUCCAGUGUGUGUUGUUUCUGGAUGUCGGACAGAGAACAACGUUCGUCUCUCGUUCUCGGAGCUCAGUGGUUCAUCACACUACCUUGAAAACUUGUGACCUGGUGAUGUGGAACAGGAGAGAGCCUGGGCACUGUUGACCUCACUCAUUCGAGACUGUCGCAUUUUAACCCUGGGUUAUGGCUCUUGUAACUAGCGGAACAAGCCGCCCAGUGAUGAAAUGUCGGACCACACAAUGACUGACUGAAGGUUUGUAUCCAUCGAAGCAGGAAU